AUUCGUCAUUAUUUAUAGAAAAUGGCUGCCCUAGCUGGAAAAUUAGUUCGUUCCGUGAAAGUUUUAAAUAAUUUCGGCAAAGGGACGGCUUGUCAUCGUUUACUUUUUGCCAGGAAUGCACAUUUCACUUAUGUUCCAGACACUCCGCUGGAAGAAUAUGGAGACACCUCCAGGAUGAACUUAUUCCAGUCUGUCAAUAGUGCAAUGGAUGUUGCUCUUGGUGAAGAUCCAUCAGCAGUAGUAUUUGGUGAAGAUGUUGCAUUUGGGGGCGUGUUUAGAUGCAGCAUUGGAUUGAAAGAUAAAUAUGGCGCAGAUCGUGUGUUCAACACUCCUCUAAGUGAGCAAGGCAUUGUUGCGUUUGGAAUUGGACUUGCUGUCGCGGGAGCAACUGCAAUUGCAGAAAUCCAGUUUGCAGAUUACAUAUUCCCAGCAUUUGACCAAAUUACAAAUGAGGCUGCAAAAUUCCGUUACCGUACAGGGAAUCUGUUUGACUGUGGUAAACUGACUGUUAGGACACCAUGUGGAGCAGUGGGCCAUGGUGCGUUAUAUCAUUCUCAAAGUCCAGAGGCUUUCUUUUCACAUAUAGCAGGAAUAAAGGUUGUAAUGCCAAGGGGUCCUAUACAAGCAAAAGGACUGUUACUGAGCUGUAUAAAGGAAGAAGACCCAUGUAUAUUUUUUGAACCAAAGAUUUUGUACAGAGCAGCUAUAGAAGAAGUGCCAACGGGUGAUUAUACAGUUCCACUUGGUAAAGCCGAGAUUGUUAUUGAAGACGCUGUUCAUUCAGCUUGCUUAUGGAUUAGGUGGUUUGUUCUAUUAAGAUGCUCGUCUGUGCCUGAAAUAAUGCCUGGAGUAGCACCUUUGGUCUUCCUGCCUGGAGGAGCACCUUUGGUCUUCCUGCCUGUAGGAGCACCUUUGGUCUUCCUGCAUGGAGGAACACCUUUGGUCUUCGUGCCCGGAGUAGCACCUUUGGUCUUCCUGCCCGGAGGAGCACCUUUGGUCUUCCUGCCCGGAGGAGCACCUUUGGUCUUCCUGCAUGGAGGAGCACCUUUGGUCUUCCUGCAUGGAGGAGCACCUUUGGUCUUCCUGCAUGGAGGAGCACCUUUGGUCUUCCUGCCCGGAGGAGCACCUUUGGUCUUCCUGCAUGGAGGAGCACCUUUGGUCUUCCUGCCCGGAGGAGCACCUUUGGUCUUCCUGCAUGGAGGGGCACCUUUGGUCUUCCUGCAUGGAGGAGCACCUUCGGUCUUCCUGCCUGGAGGAGCACCUUUGGUCUUCCUGCAUGGAGGGGCACCUUUGGUCUUCCUGCAUGGAGGAGCACCUUUGGUCUUCCUGCCCGGAGGAGCCAGAAGCACCUUCGGUCUUCCUGCCAGGAGGAGCACCUUUGGUCUUCCUGCCCGGAGGAGCACCUUCGGUCUUCCUGCCCAGAGGAGCACCUUCGGUCUUCCUGCCCGGAGGAGCACCUUCGGUCUUCCACAGUCUUGGAAAACUGGAAAGUGGCCAAAGGACCUAAAUUUUAUCAAAAGUAGAGAGAAUCACUUCUACAUGAUCUGUUGCCAUGUACCUCAUAGCUCAAGUCCAGUUUAUAAACUUAUAUUUUCUCCUUUAUUUCAGUCUGUGAUAAAAACUGGCCGAAUGAUUAUAACACAUGAGGCUCCACAAACAAUGGGAUAUGCAGCUGAAAUUGCUACAGCAGUACAGGAGGAAUGUUUUCUGAACCUGGAAGCACCAAUUCAGAGAGUUUGUGGUUAUGACACUCCCUUUGCACAUGUGUAUGAACCAUUCUAUAUGCCGGACAAAUGGAGAUUAUUUGAAGCUGUGAAGAAAGUGGUCAAUUUUUGAAAAAAGUUUUAGAAUCUGUUAUGGUUAACUGUGUAGAUCUGAUGAAGGGAUGUGAAAAAAGUGGCCAGAUUAGGAGAUAUUUAGGUUUUUAGAAUGUGUUGUCAAGAGGAUAUAUUUUAGAUACUAAUAGAGGCACGUUCCCAGAUUGGUGUGAAAUAUAUUUCGAUUUUUUUUUUUUGAAAUUGUAAAAUGGGAGUUAAAAAUGGUUGGUCAUAAUUAUGCAGUAUUUAUUUAUAAAAAUACUUGUCUAGUCUUUGAUGUGUAGAAUUUUUUUUAUUGCAUUACUUGAGCAAGAAAUUUUUAUGUGAAAUCGAGGUAGCAGCUUUUUACCUAAUACUCAUAAGAUAUUAACUUAUUUAACAUUUAUUUAUAAUUGUGUCAAACCUUGAGGAAUACCCCUUUAAGCAAAUGAAAAGUAAAAUUUUCUGUUACCUGUACAGAGUUUUUGGCAGCAUGUAUCUAAAAUGUGUAAUUUUGAUAGAAAAAAGUUUGAAAUUGUAACUGUCUGGAAGCAACAGACUACCAGUGUUGCAGCAGUCACUUGCAGUCUCAUAAUUCCGAAAUGGGAUAGUUCUCACACUUUGGCGACAGUUCACUUCUCCUCCCACAAUUAAAUAGCCUGUUGUAUAAAUGAUACUGACAAAAGUACAGUGUCGUGUUGUGAUUACAUUAUAAAAUAUUUACAAACAUUUGAGGACAUCAGAGAAAAUUAAUGCAGUUUGAGAACCUGUUAUAUAAAAGAUACUGUAAAAAGCACAGUGUCAUGUUGUGAAAAAUUAUACGAUAUUUACAAACAUUUGAGGGCAUCAGAAAAAAUGAACCCAUUUUAAGAGCCAGUUGUGUAAAAGAUACUGUGAAAAGUACAGUGUCAUGUUGUGGAUUAGUUAUACAAUAUUUACAAACAUUUGAGGACAUUUAGAGAAAUUUAAUGCUGUUGUUAGGUUCUGACAUAUAAGAAGGUAAUUACAUGUUCUAGUGAGCUUGUGUAAUAUUUUCUCUCAUCAUUAUAUAAACUAAUAAUAAAUAAAGUAUUCAUCUUCCAGUCUGUGAGAAAAAUGGUUUUGUGAGCUAUUGUAAUCACACAGUAUUAGGCAGUCAACAGGAGUAUGUUUUUAUUCUCAAGAUUUCCUUCAAACUACAUAUCCCCUAACACCAUUUGCAGGAAGUUGAUGAAAUGUGGUAAAGGUGGUCCUCUUUUUUAGCUCAUCUGAUUUUUUGAAAAAAAAUGAUGAGUUAUUGUCAUCACUUGAGCGGUUGUCGGCGUCGGCGUCGGCGUUGCCUGGUUAAGUUUUGUGUUUAGGUCAGCUUUUCUCCUAAACUAUCAAAGCUAUUGCUUUGAAACUUGGAAUACUUGUUCACCAUCAUAAGCUGACCCUGUAUAGCAAGAAACAUAACUCCAUCUUGCUUUUUGCAAGAUUUAUGGCCCCUUUUGUACUUAGAAAAUAUCAGAUUUCUUGGUUAAGUUUUAUGUUUAGGUCAACUUUUCUCCUAAACUAUCAAAGCUUUUGCUUUGAAACUUGGAAUACUUGUUCACCAUCAUAAGCAGACCCUGUACAUCAAGAAACAUAACUCCAGCUUGCUUUUUGCAAGAAUUAUUGCCCCUUUUGGACUUAGAACAUCAGUUUUCUUGGUUAAGUUUUAUGUUUAGGUCAGCUUUUAUCCUAAACUAUCAAAGCUAUUGCUUUAAAACUUGCAACACUUGUUCACCAUCAUAAGCUGACCCUGUACAGCAAGAAACAUAACUCCAUCCUGCUUUUUGCAAGAUUUAUGGCCCCUUUUGGACUUAGAAAAUAUCAGAUUUCUUGGUUAAGUUUUAUGUUUAGGUCAACUUUUUCUCUUAAACUAUCAAAGCUAUUGCUUUAAAACUUGCAACUCUUGUUCACCAUCAUAAGCUGACCCUGUACAGCAAGCAACAUAACUCCAUCCUGCUUUUUGCAAUAAUUAUUGCCCCUUUUGGACUUAGAAAAAUCAUUUUCUUGGUUGAAUAUUAUGUUUAAGUCAACUUUUCUCAUAAACUAUCAAAGCUAUUGCUUUAAAACUUGCAACAGUUUUUCACCAUCAUAAGUGGACACUGUACAUCAAGAAACAUAACUCUAUCCUGCUUUUUGCAAGAGUGAUGGCCCUUUUUAGACUUAGAAAAUCAUGGGUAGGACAAUAUUUCUAUUAUACAAAAAUAAUCAGAUGAGCGUCAGCACCCGCAAGGCGGUGCUCUUGUUUUCAAUUGUGGUUCUGGGCAACUUGAGUUUGAAAAGUAUAGAACCACUGCCUAACCCUUGCAUGAUCAUAAGAGGUGACUAAUAGGGUCGGAACACUUGGUUAAGCUGUAUCACAGUGGUUCCAGCAGGGAAUAUAGUUAUUUUUAUUCCUGUUCCUGGUAUUUUUAAUUUAAUGUACUAGUAAAUGAGAUAUUAAACCAAAAUUUUUGGUCCUCUUUGGCAACAUAUAACAUGUACUGUUGUUGCACUGUAAAGUCAAGGUCGAAUGUUCCAAGUUGUACAACUAGUUAAAAUAUUUCUCCUCAGUCACCAAUGCUAACUAUAAAAAUCUUAAAACAACAUUUACUUGUAAAGAUUUAAAAAUGAUUGUACAAUAUUCCUUAGGUGACUCAUGAAAGAUGGUUCAAAUGAUGUAAAUUCUUAAAAAAACAUUGCAUUCAGGUUUUCUCUAUAUGUAUAUAGUGAAAAGUUUUCACAAUGUUCCUAUCAGAAACUGCUAGCCCAAUUUUUAAAUAUUUUCACUGAAGACACUCUACCAAGUUUGCUCAAAGAAUUCUUGUUCCUAAAAAGACCAGAGGUAAAAGUAGAAAAAUCCUUGAAUGACAUGUCAAAACAGCAGGUCAAAACAAUUUCAUGGAAAUGAUCCUUAGGAUACCAUCUACAAAGGUUGUUCCAGUUAUUCAGAUAUAUCAAAAGCAUAGUUGCUAGUGAGUGUAGUCAUCUUCUCUUAAAUGAUAUAGCUUGAAUGAUUCUUUGUGCAGCUUAUUACUAAUAUUAUUUGCAUUUAAAUAUUUGAUGUCUAAAUCAUAGAGGCUAGUGGUCUAGUUUCUAUAUAUGUUUUUUAUCUGUUUGAGUUGUGAAUCUCAGGUUAGCUAUUUACGUUCCUCAUGUUCUUGUGUUAGGAUAUAUCACACAGCAAUUUCCUGAUCAAGUAAGGGUGUAUCAUGUUUUGGCUAACUACUACAUCAACUCCAUAAAGGUAAAUAUUCCUUAAAGCAACAUGUUAAUGGCCUCCUUUGAAGAAUAGAGGAUAUUCUUUUGCUCUUGUCAGCAAUUAGUUUCCGGUCAUGCUGGUUGAUUCUAGAAUACCUCCUAUAUGAAAAAAAGCCACCAUAGUGCUUUUGUUGUCACCUUAUUCAUUUGAGCAUAACUUUAUUAAGACUGAAAUGAUUACUGAUCAACAACAGAAUAACCCUUUGGUCUGUGGCCAUCCAAUUUCAUGGAAUGAUUGCCUGUGACCUCUGGAUGACCUCUAUUGUUUUUGUUGUCAUCAAGGUUAAGUUUCUUGAGACUGAGAAAUGAGAUCAGCUGAAGAACUCUGUUGUGUGACAGAAGUCAAACAUGGUAGGAUCAUUGCCUGUGUCCUGUGCAGUACCAGUAUUAUUUCUUUGACCAGUAGUUCAAACAUUAUAACCUGGAGACAGAAAAUAUUUUCUGACCUAUAACAGUAGAUGACUUGUAUUGUUUUGGGGUCAUUGUGUCAAAGGUCAAGGUAAUAGUGUCCUUGAGGCUAAAAACUGUUUUUGAUCAGUAAUUUGAGAAGGUUACCUGCAGCAGUUAAAGAAAAGGAUUUUUGAACAGAAAAAGUACAUAUUCAGUUACCUCUUCCAGACCAUUAUCUAGGGGGAUUAAACAGCUCUAGUUCUAUAUUUAUAUCUCGGUAAGCAAUGAAAAUGCCUCCUUUUGCAAUGAUAUAUACAUGAACAUUGAUGGCAAGCUUUCAUAUUUAAUUUACAUUUUAUAAAAUCACAUUGUUAAGUUUGCUUUUAUUUGACAGACUGUUUGUCUGCAGUGUGUUGACAUAAAUUUGUAAGUUUAGAGAUUAAGAAUAUUUGCAAAAUUGUAAAAUAAAUGUAUUGAAGAAAA